AUGCUGCUUUUUGAGCUACUCCACUGGUCUGAUCAGUGGGCAUCCUAUGACGACGAUGAUAACUACAAGCUCAAGAUCGAGUUCGCUCAGAAGACCUGUUUGGGUGGUGUCAUAGUCUGGGCCGUCAGUCAUGAUACCGCCGAUGGCAAAUCUACCAACACCCUUGCCGGGUGGGCGCCUCAGUCCAAAUCAAUGAUACUCUGGGAGGUGGAUAACGAUGUCGUUACAACUAGUCGCUCUGAUCCUGGCCACAGAGAUGGCGAGCUGAUGCUCGAGGAAAGAGUUUGCGAGGAUGGCCUGCUCCAUACCCUUUGCUGCUCUAAAGAGGCUGUGCCCAAAUGUGGCUGGUACACCCAUAACAAUGGCAAGUGUGAUUCCACGUGCCCAAAUGUCAUGUUUGAGGUUGGGCUGACCACUACUGCAUGCAGCAGCGGCUACCAAGCUGCUUCUUGUGAGAAGGUGAAAGAUAGCACCAAGCUUUAUGUUGAUCUUCUGCAAUGGUUAGACCACUUCCCGGGCAACUGUGCUCUUGGGGAUUGUCUCGCAAACGGUGGCUCCAAGUCCGAUAUAUUAGUCGAGGAGAGAGCUGGCAGUGGCGAUGCCAUGUGCUGGGCAACCGAAAUCGACGUUUGGAAAAACACAUGGGCUUUUCCCAGUCGCAAGCUGUGCUGUGGCUCCGAUGUCAAGGAUGGAAACUGGGAGGACUGCGACUGGUAUGGCUCAAUUUGA